AACACCGGAAGUGCAGCAAAGCGUGUUUUUAGCUUUAGCAACUUGGACCUCAGUUAGCGUAAACACUCUUUUUAUAUCUCUACUCUUGCCAAUUGGAAUGGACAGGGUUGAAGGUUCGAAGAUGACAGAAGACAUUCCAAGACGGGAACACAGAAAACUGCGUCACUGAUUGUUUUAGCGGGAGAUAUCUGGGCGUCAUGGUGGAGGUUGACGUGAAGAGCGAAGGGGCGUGGCUCUGCCAGCCUGAGGGACGCUGCCUGGCUGACGUGGUGCUGGCUGUUGACGUCACUACGACAGAUGAAGAUGAAGAUGACGUCCCAGUGACACGUUGGGGCGCCCCGGUCCUGUUGGAGCGCGUGGACGAAGACUCCCCCUGCGUCUUGACUGUGACGUGUAGCCCCGCCUCCCCCGCCGCCAUCAGCCGCCUGCUUCUCGUCAGCGAGGCUCGGACCAUGGAGGUGUACCUGCAGACGGGAGAAUACGGCGGCACGGUUCGGGGAGAGCGGUGGGACCAGGUGCAGCAUCCGGACAGAGGGCCGUUCUACAGGAAGCAGCUGACCCUGGAGGAGGGGUCAUCGUCAUGUGACGUCAAGGGCGUCAUGGUGGAGGUUGACGUGAAGAGCGAAGGGGCGUGGCUCUGCCAGCCUGAGGGACGCUGCCUGGCUGACGUGGUGCUGGCUGUUGACGUCACUACGACAGAUGAAGAUGAAGAUGACGUCCCAGUGACACGUUGGGGCGCCCCGGUCCUGUUGGAGCGCGUGGACGAAGACUCCCCCUGCGUCUUGACUGUGACGUGUAGCCCCGCCUACCCCGCCGCCAUCAGCCGCCUGCUUCUCGUCAGCGAGGCUCGGACCAUGGAGGUGUACCUGCAGACGGGAGAAUACGGCGGCACGGUUCGGGGAGAGCGGUGGGACCAGGUGCAGCAUCCGGACAGAGGGCCGUUCUACAGGAAGCAGCUGACCCUGGAGGAGGGGUCAUCGUCAUGUGACGUCAAGCUCCUCUCCCUGGGGGGUCGCGGCAGCGUGAUGCUGUGCGGCGUGGUGGUGGGGCUCCAGCCGCUGCAGCCCCGCCCACCGGGCGACGCCAUCGACAUGCAGCGGGUGCAGAGUCUGGUGGAGGAGAUGGGCACCGGCCUGUCUCCGGGGGCCCAGAACCUCAUGGACAUGGUGCGCCUCCAACACAAGGAGCAGACGGGCGCCCUCCACGACUUCCUGCCUCUCCUGAUGGGGAGGGGCUGUUUGUCUGCUCUGACUGGCGGAGGCCACGCCCCCCAGAUGGCGGCGCCACGCAAACCCCCGCCAGAUGACUCCGCCCACCCAGACGGGCCAGAGCGCCAAGUUGUCGAGGGCGGCGAGCCCGCCGCCCCCCUGGCCGAGGUGAUGUCACACUUCCUGAAGGGGCGGGAGCACGGACAGGUGCCGAGCCCCGCCCCCGACCUCCUGCCCGUGCUCCAGAGGGUGUGCGGUCAGGUGACGCAGCUCAGGCUGGACGAGGAGACAAGAAAGGACACACGGACCAUGGAGCGUCGCCUGGAGGAGAUGGAGCGCAGGCUGAAGGAGCACAUGGACCUCCGCCUGGACGCUCUGGAGCACAAACUGGAGAAGACUCUGCUGGCCGCCCUCCAGCAGGUGGCGGUCAGCGGCCCGGCGGGAGGAGCGGCGCCGCCCGGAACACCGGAGACGACGGUCCAGGGGCCGUAGCCGUAAGGAGGCGGAGCCAGAGUGCAAGUAACACGCACCAACACAAGAACUUACUUCCUGACUUUUCUCUCACACCACUCCACUCAAUGCUUGUCUUGACUUGUGCUAAAAGAAUAAAAUAUAUAUUUAUAGUGACACAGAAGAAGCAGUCUGUCAGAAAUAGUUACAAAAAUCUUUAUUUUCUUGUAAGAAAACGUGUCAAGCAGGUCACACAGAUGUCCAGUCUGGCUGCAGAUGUCCAGUCUGGCUGCAGAUGUCCAGUCUGGCUGCACAUGUCCAGUCUGGCUGCAGGUCAAGGCUCCGCCUCCUCAGGCAGCACAGAGACCACCACGUCCUCGUUGCCCCGCCUCACCACCAUGCGCAGCGUGGCGUCACGCUUGAUGGCGGCGCUGACGUCGCUGGCCGAUGUCACGCGCUCGCCAUUGAUGCUGAUGAUGACAUCGCUGUCCUGCAGACCGGCGCUGCGUUGGAGAAACACACACUCGUGAAAAACACAACUAACACAAGAAAUUCUCAAUAGAGACAAUAAAACAAAUCAUUCAAAACAAUGAAACACAUUAAAACAAUAAAACAACACAAUAAAACACAUCAACAACAAUAAAACAACACAUUAAAGACAGUAAAACACAUGAAAGUAAUAAAUACUUUGUUUUAUUGUUUUUAAAGUCAAUAAAACACAUGAAGACAAUAAAAAAACAUGUAAGAGUUUAAAACAGACGAGCAACAAUAAAAAGUUGUCACGAGUACUCACGCUUUGGCGGGACUACGGCUGAGGACUUCGAUGAUGUAAGCACCUGACGUGACGUCUGGGAAGUCUGACUGUCUCUCCUUCAACUCCUUAGCGAUCCUGAACACACCAUCGUCUUCAUCAUCAGCAUACAUCAACAACUGUGCCAUACCAAAUGGUAAAUGAUGUGGAUUUAUAGUGCCUGACUCUACAUGCGAUGAUACCAUGUAGUCAUCAUCAUCAUAAAUAACUGGUAAAUGAUGUGGAUUUAUAGUGCCUGACUCUACAUGCGAUGAUACCAUGUAGUCAUAAUCAUCAUAAAUAACUGGUAAAUGAUGUGGAUUUAUAGUGCCUGACUCUACAUGCGAUGAUACCAUGUAGUCAUCAUCAUCAUAAAUAACUGGUAAAUGAUGUGGAUUUAUAGUGCCUGACUACAUGCAAUGAUACCAUGUAGUCAUCAUCAUCAUAAAUAACUGGUAAAUGAUGUGUAUUUACAGUGCCUGACUACACCUGCAAUGAUACCAUGUAGUCAUCAUCAUCAUAAAUAACUGGUAAAUGAUGUGGAUUUACAGUGCCUGACUACACCUGCAAUGAUACCAUGUAGUCAUCAUCAUCAUAAAUAACUGGUAAAUGAUGUGGAUUUACAGUGCCUGACUACAUGCAAUGAUACCAUGUAGUCAUCAUCAUCAUAAAUAACUGGUAAAUGAUGUGGAUUUACAGUGCCUGACUACACCUGCAAUGAUACCAUGUAGUCAUCAUCAUCAUAAAUAACUGGUAAAUGAUGUGGAUUUACAGUGCCUGACUACAUGCAAUGAUACCAUGUAGUCAUCAUCAUCAUAAAUAACUGGUAAAUGAUGUGUAUUUACAGUGCCUGACUACAUGCAAUGAUACCAUGUAGUCAUCAUCAUAAAUAACUGGUAAAUGAUGUGGAUUUACAGUGCCUGACUACACCUGCAAUGAUACCAUGUAGUCAUCAUCAUCAUAAAUAACUGGUAAAUGAUGUGUAUUUACAGUGCCUGACUACACCUGCAAUGAUACCAUGUAGUCAUCAUCAUCAUAAAUAACUGGUAAAUGAUGUGGAUUUACAGUGCCUGACUACAUGCAAUGAUACCAUGUAGUCAUCAUCAUCAUAAAUAACUGGUAAAUGAUGUGUAUUUACACUGCAAUGAUGCACUUUACUUCAUACAAGACUUUCACACAUUGAACAAACAAAAAAAUUAAAUGGACUCCAAAAAAUUCCACUUAAUUAAAUAUUGAACAUCUAAAGGUGCAUUUUUGUAAGUCAUAUGUUGUUUUAUUGAUUGUUGCCAUCACAUGAUUAUCUCCAUUGUGUAUUUUACAU